AUGGUCGAUCUAUGGUGCUCGCAGCAUGUAAAGUACAGCGUCCUUGUAAUCAAUUUCCUGUCAUCGAGUGAUGGAGCACCGGUAUAAAUCGUAUAUUGAUUCUUACCGUCCCGAAAAGCGUUAACCGAAAUAAACACACAAUUCACGGCGUGAGACGAAUGAUAGUAUCGUCAAUAGCCCACUGGUUCCGUUUAUAGAAUCCGACAAAUAUUAUAAUCUAUUAUCUAAUCUAAUGUGUAUGGCCUACAGCAUGCCGAAAUCCGAUAUUUUAAGCCCGGGUGCAAUUCGAGAUCUGCAACACGCGUCGAAGUCGGAUUUUUAACUAUCAAUUUCUGCACACCGAUACUUACACUAAAAUUUUGGAUAAAAAAUGCGGUUUUUUUCAUUGAUUUCUAGUUUUUCUUGUUUUACGUCUUUAAUAUUAUCAUAUUGAGGUACAAAAAAAUGCAUUUAUUAGUGUGAUUGCGAUAUAUUUCUAUAAUAUUAUAUAAGUACCGAGUAUCGGUCAUCGACAGCAACAUUUUUUUUCUGGAUAAAACGAUUUCGUAAUACUAUUAUAUUAUAGUACACGAAAAAAAGACGAAAACACGUUCGUUAAAUAAUAUAAACGACGACGAAAGGGAAACACGUUUCGACCACCUCACCGCCGCGCCAGUUCACUGCGAUCACCCCGCUCUCGUAACCGCCGGAUGGGAACACAGCUGAGUAUAAUGGGAAAUAACCAAACCGCGACAAAAAUGACCUUUUUCUUAAACAAAUGUAUGUGCAAACUGCGCCGAAAAAAAUUAAUAUUUAACACACUACACGUGUACACACUGCAAACCGCAUUAAAACGUAUAUUAUAAACAUCAACAAUUUGUGACCAUUUGUGUAUUUUUUACAAGUUUGGCAAACAAUUUCUAACCUUCCGGUCCUUUUUUACCUCCGAAGUAACGUUCUAAAUAGCAUUAUGUGUCUAGGUGGAAUAGUUUUGUCUAUACAGGUCUAAUAAAAGUAUUCGCAGUUUUUACAGGCAUAUCGCGGCGCCCUUCGCGGUUUUAUUGCAGUUAUUGUACAAUCAACAUCGAGGGGAGUGUUCAUACCCCGUGCAAAUGCUCUUCUCCGAAAUAUUGUUUAAUAUUAUUUUCAAGAUAAACGUCAACAUAGACCAUUAUGUGUGCUCGUAACGAAAAUAAUACAAGAUUUAAUUAAAAAACGCCCCUCCCCCACGAAAAUUCGAUUCGGCUGCGGCCUUGGACCCGGGGACUCGACCGUACGUGAAAACACGCCGCUGACAGCGGCGCGGGAGCCGUGACGACGACUGCGGCGGCGGUGGCGGCGCGCACGCGCACGCGCGUCGACGGAAAAACGGGCCCGCGGGUCGACUGCCCCCGCUGACCGACAGCGAAACCGGUCUCGCCGCACCGUCGUCGUCCGCACGGUGUUCGAACAGUUCCGACAGUCGCUGCAGCACACUGUCGUCCAACGUACCGGUCUCGCCGUCGUUUUCGUCCGGACCCGUUCGCCGUCGUCGUCGCCGCCGCCGCCGCCGCGUAACCGUCGCGUCGCACGCCCGCGCAACGCGCACACCUGUCCCUCCGGUCCGACGGUCGACUGUUACCCAUUGUCCGGUCGUUGGUUUUUCGGCGCCAUCCGCGUAGAGUAUUAUUACUUACCCACUUCCGAAUACAGUGCUGCGUGUGGCGGUGAACACCCGCGCCAAAUUAUAAUUUUUCACGCCGCGACCGAUCCGCACGGGGCUGAACUUGCAGAACAGGUAAAUUACAAUAACGAAAUCGUGAUUGUAUACAUAGUCAUUAAUAGGAUAUUCGGCCGGCGCGUAUUUUUGCUUGUACGCCAUACAACUAUACUUUUGCGUCUGUAUAUUGUUAUUGAUGCGUAUUCGUUUCGACAUUUUUCGGCCGUUUUCCGCGCCUUGAAAAUAUCGAAAAUAUUCCCUCCCUCUUUCCGCGCUCGAGAUCGUUGUAAGUCUUUAUUGGCGCGGGACGAGUUAGAUUGGGUUAGGUUACGCGCGAUACUACCUAUCUCUCCGUGUCUGAUAUCGUCUGCAUAAAUAACAAUAUGUUCCGUCGUACUUGUUCGCAUAACAAUAUUUAUAAGUAUGCAUAGUAUAUAUUGAUAACGACCCGGGUAUACAUACAUAUAUAUAUCGAUAUUACAUAUGUAACGCGAUAUUAUUUUUUCAUUUUUUUUUUUAUCGUCUUAAAUAUACACGAUACCCGUGCGACAUAGACUUUCUCGUACCCGUAUAAUAUUAUAGAUCUGUUAUAAACUUGAUCCUAUUGCGAUAGCAGAACAAAAUAUCGACGACAGGGCAGGUAUAAUUUGUAGGUAUUAUAGGUAAUAACGAGUGACUUGAAUGCUGGGCGCAAAGAAAUAGCGACCGAAAACGAACGUUCAGUAACGCGUUUUUAUCAAACUUAAUCACGCCACUCAAAUAGGCAGGUUUUCCACAGGAUAAAAAUACGUUCAGUUUUAUAACGUCUUAACAAUAAUAUAAUACGCGAUAAAGUAAUAAUAUUAGAAUUAUUGGUUUUUUUUUUUAUAUUAUUAUUAGGUAACUUACUUUGAUUAAUUUUUCAUAUCAUAUUUCUGCGUGUACGCAAUUAUUUACCUACCACAACCGAUUUGGGAAUUUGCUUAAUUAAUCGCGACGAUAAUAGUAUUUAAUCAUAAUCGUUAUAAUUUUCUAAAGUACACUCAGUUAGAUUAAUGCAUUGAUUUUUCGAAAAUAAUUGACGUACACGUAUGUUAACUAUACUAAUCAUUGACCAAUAAACAGUCGUCAUUGACACAAGUGACGACCACAAAUAUGAUAUUUCAUAUAUAAUUUCAUUGUGUUUACAAAAUAUGCGCCCGCGAUCAGCAUUUACAAUAUACCGGUUAAGCGUGCGGGUAAACUUACAUAGUGUAUACUGGUGAAACAGAAAACAGUUAAUAUCGAUAGACAGAAACAAGCGACACGAGAGAAGACCCGGGAGAGUAAAACCGUGGAGAAUAAGUGCGAAACAUAAUAAUAUUAUGUGACACUGUAACCGUAGUAUAUUAUAAACAGAUUAUGGUUUUGCGUGUAGACGUACCGGAUUACGGGACUUUGAACGAAUCAAGACGAAAGUCUGCAGUUUAUAACCAUCGAGUAUUCAUCGGAAUAAAGGUCUCGAUACGCUCUAUGAUGCGGUGACGUCUACAAUGGGAAUGUGUUAAAAACGACACGGAUUAUACGAGAUUCAGACCGGAGCUUGAUAUUAAAGGGCAAAUCCACGGAAUUGCAGAUCUUUGGCAAAUUUAUUGUCGUUCGUAUAAUUAUUUUUUUUUUAUUCUUAUGAAACUAUACACGCCUACCGUAGCGGUUUAUGCCUCCCUACGAAACAGAAAAUAUCCUCAUUGUGUUCAGCACCACAAAUGCAAAAUACGAUAGUCGCAGCUGCAGUCGGGGCGGUCUGUCGGCUCUUCACAAUUCCCCCGCCUACAAGGUCAUCGUAAUUUGCUCGUUCGUACAUACAAUAAUAAUUUUUAUUACGCUUAAAUAAUGCCUAUAAUAAUAUUAUUUUCACCGGUAACAUUACAUAUUAUAUUAUAUAGGCAGGUAACCUAUAGGUAUAGACGUAUAGUGUUAUUUCAAACGUUAUACCCGCCCGAACAAUACGCGCCCGACUCUCGAGUAUUAUAUGCGCAGGUUGGUAGGUAUAGGUACGCGCGAAAUAUCGUAGGAAAAUAAUAAUAUUAUAUAUUAUAUACUUGUAAAAUAAAAAUAAUAGGCUACGAAAACUGGACCAAGAUCGUAUGUAAUAAUAAUAUAAUACGCGCGCAGAAUAGGUACGCAUUGUUCACACUAUAUAUUUGUGUGUGUAUAUAUUAUGUGUAUUGCAACACACACUAUUAUAGGUAGGUACAACACCUACUCUAUCCGUCGUCUCAUAAUAAUAAUAAUAUAUAAUAUUAUAUUAUAUUGUAUCCGACGGGCGAUUAAAAAAAAAAAAAAAUGUACAGGUGGUUGGUAAGUAGGUAUAGGUAUACGCAAGGCGGGUAUUGUGUCGAAAUUUCAUACUUAAAUGCUACUCGUGAAUCGAAUUUUAAAAACGACGGAAAAUAAAAUUUGUUUCGUGCACCUCUAUGCGCAGGCGAUUGUCCUGUUGCAGUUCGUAUUACACCCGUAGUUAUCAGUCUGAGUAAACCUCCGUCGCCGGUAUAGAUUUCCAAUAAUAUAAUCAACAAUAUUACUUAUAAGUGUAUACUAUUAUGUUUGAAUCAAUAUUAUUUUGGUGCGAUUCGGCGCUCGCCUCGAAAAUCUUCCCCGUUGUUCCGUAUCGUUUAUUGUAUCUAUAUCUAUACACCAAAAAACUAAAGACGAAAAAGCACUUCGGAUCGUAUUACAAAAGUUUUCGUUCCCGUGACAGUUAUCGAGAGGUGUAUCAUAGAUAAUAUAAGGUAUGCCAGCACCCGCGAGGUUAGGUUGCGGGAUAUCGAAAACGUUUCUAAAAGUUUUAUUUCCCUAUAGUAUUAUACCGAGUCCAGGAAACGCGUUUUUAUUUUAUUCGAGGACAACUAUUAUAUUAUCCGCGCACUUCAAACUUGUAGUAUUAUCAUUGUUAUCAACGUCUUAUUGUCGACUUAUGAUGUUUUUUUUUUCGGGCAAGGGCGAACGGGUAGGUACAACAUUUUUCGUUUUUACAAUACCCAAAACGUUUGGGUUUAUUUUACACAAAAGCGAAUGAAAUAAUAUUUAGAAAGUCCGAUGCAAAAUUGCCGACCUCACAUAUCAACGCAUAGUGAACCUACUUAAAAUCAAUGUCGUAACUCGUAAUAAUAAUCUAUUAUACAUAUGAUAUAAUUGCACGUGCAUAUACUAUCGUUAUUAAAAUAUUUUAAAUCCGGUAUUGCCUACGGAAAUGUGGUUUUUAUAAUAUCAUUGAAACAUAAUUAUCAAAAAAGUAAUCUAAAAAUAAAUAAUGCUGCACGUUAUUGAAAUACAUUCGCUACGAUUUUUAAAUGUUAUUUAAAUAUAAUAAUUUAUUAUUUCAUCAUCGAAAUAUUAUAGGAAGCAUAAAACAUGUUACACCCGAUAAAUUAUAGCUUAUUACAAAUUAAUGAAUAAAUUAAAUUACAUUGAAAUGCGUACAGCCCUGUAUAUACAGGGUAACAUUUUUUUUAUCGUGUUGCGGCCAAGUUCUGCGAAGAUUUCGAAUAUAAUUGAUUUUAGUUGAUUUUGUUUUGUUCAGUCUUUAUAGAAUCGUAUAACGAUUCAAGUUAACAAUAUUUUCAAAAUCGCACACUUAUACUGCACACCGUAUAGGGUGUCCCAAGAAAAUAUACCCAAUUUAUUUAAAACAUUGUGUAUGAAGUGGAUAUAUCUUCGUAGGACACCCUGUAUAGAUAUCGACUUGUAAUUUUCAAACAGGAACACCCCUCUUCUCCUUCUAGUAUUUUUCACAACAAAUCCGAAAAGAGAAUAUUUUCCAAACAUUUCGAUAAUAAAUGUAACACUAUUAUUGCAUUUCGACCAAAUAAGUGAUAGAAAAACGCUAUUAUCCAAAAAUGGAUUUAUCACUCUUUUAUACUAUUCCAUCAGUUUAAAUGAUUUUUUUUUUUGUAGCGUUUUAUCUGCGGUAUUUUCGAUAUAAUAAUGUUAUGUAUAUAUCAACAUUCUUUAGACAAAUAUUAAUUUUCUCGAGUCUACGUCGAAAAAGUAGGCUAGCCAUUAAAAAACCAAAAGUUAUAAUCGUUUAAAUAUAUUUGGAGUGAGGGUAGAGAUUUCAAAAUGGUGUUGAAAUAAGGCCUAAACAAUUCCGUAACGUUCGAAAACACAGAUAACAAAUUUACCAAAAACCCCCAGAGAAAAUCGCCGAAUCGUGGAUACAAAAAAAUCACCGUAGAAUAGUAGUCCUUUUUGGGAAUAAGUCAUACUUGGUUUUUUUUUUUUUCAAUAACUCAGUACUAUAUGUAUUUUUAUAUCGUUAAUUGUAUAGGUAGGUGCAUCGAGCCCGGAACACAUUUCCGAAGGAUUGUGCGGGUUCGGUAUUUUUGUAUAUAUAUUAUAUUAUAUUCUAGCUGGGGUCAAGAAUUCGACGAAGGAUGCAAUGGAUUUUUUUUUUAUCGACAUCUUUAUGUGUUCCUGUGUUUUUUCCGAUUUCUUUAUUUUGAACUUCCUGUCUUGUAACAGCGGGAGGUACCUAGGUGUAUAUCAUAACAUAGAGAUCAUUCCAUUGUUUCAUUUAAGUAUAUUUAUGUGUUUUUUUUUUUUUGUCAAUGUUACCGUCCUUCGAAUAACGAUACAGUCGAUAACAUUAUCGACAUCACGUACUUAUAAUAAUAUACAUACGAACCCUGCCGUGCAUUACAAACGAAUAUUAUAUUAUGAAAUACCAUUCCUGUUGGUCGAUGUCCACGCGGCACGAUGGAAACUGAUCGAUAGGUGACAUCCGUCGCCUUAUGAGAAAAAAAAAAAAAAAAACGUUACUACUAGGCACCUAUAUAGUUAGGCACCUAUAUAGUGACAGUGACCUUGUUGGAAAGUACUUUUUUUUUGCAAGUAUUUAUACACGUCAUUUUUUUUUUUUGUUGAUUCACGUUCUACUGUUAAAUAUACAAAAUACGCCAUCGAACUAUAUACCCAUAUACGCGUGUAGUUUUAGGUCUAUAUCAGAACCGGCUGCUGCAGCAUGCAGUAGUAAGAUCGUAUCGCAGUUAGCGUCUUAUAAUAGUUCUAGAAAGUGAAAGGGUAUUUUUGUCGUCGUCGUCGUGGGUCCAUCGUCACUCGAUACGAUUUUCGUCCGAGCCGGUCGAAAGGAAACCCAAACCGAAAGAGUAUAAAAAUGAUUAUAAAAAUAAAUAAACCGCCGUGUGUUGUAUGGAGUGUGUGCAUUAUAUAGUAUAUAGGUACUAUACAACUACACUUGAUAAUAUUGUACCGAGUGCCUACUUUAUAUUAUUACCUCGUAUAAAUAUAGUAGACGACGUCAUGUGCAUCAAAUAUUCGAGAAGCCCAGCGAUCGAGUGCUUCUGAUGAUACGUCCGAUACGAGUAUUAAUAUUAUAGUGCGCCUACUGUCGUAUAAUAUUCGACGUUUUAAAAACAGAUUUUUCAUCGUAUGUAGACGAGCAACUAUAUUUAUACGUUAUUAUGUUUUCGUGUAGCGAUUUUGUUGUAGAGGUAUUUUCUAGUGUGCCAUAUACGUAUUAUAGGCACAUAACUCGGGAUUUCUGAUGAUGUUUUUCACAAGUGGAUAUUAUCCGUUGAUUCGUUAAAUAUCUACUUAAUGACGCCACGAAUUUUUAAAUUAACUUCCGAUGACCUAUUGUGCUAUAAUCGUCGUCGAUAGGUAUACUCGUAAAAUAUUUCGUUGGCAUGCCGCGCAUAAUCUGCACAUGUUUUUUAAACUGGAAUUUUUUUUUUGUAUUUUGAGUCUUGUGCUAUUAACAAGACACCACACUGGACCUUUACUGAAUCCGUGUAACGUUUGGAGCUACAGGAUAGCUAAACGGUGGGAGGGGAAGAAUAUGGGGACCUUUUUUCUUUUACUGCUUAUAAUAAUGUAUAGGUAUAUUAUAUUAUAUUAUUACCUAAUCUCAUAAAUAAUAGUUGUUAAAAAUUUAAAAAAAUUAUCAUCAUCCCAGCUCGUGACAAAAUUAUUUACAUAGUAAAAUUACGUUAACUAAAACGUAAAUUGCGGCACUUAAGUUGAAAUUAGCGUAUAAACACAAACAACGAAAUUUAAAGAGUAGGAUAUUUUCGAGGGCUUUGCAUAGUUUUUUUUCUGAGAAAUGUCAUACAAAUAAGUUGUGCUAUGCUAGUAUUAAUUAUUUUGUUCUUUUAAAUCGCUAUAACUUGUUUAUAGACAAAUGUUUAGAAUAAAGUUACAUAUUGCCCUAGAAAAUAUUCUACUCAUUAAAUUUCGUUGUUUGUGUCUAUACUUUAAUUUCAAUCCAAACGCCAAGAUUUAUGUUCUAAGAGUAAAACAAUUUUACUGUGUAACCCGUUAGUAAAAACAGUAGAUACGGCGGGUAUAGCAUCUUCCUUUUGUUGUAUUUUUACAGAAGCAGCAGAUGUACGCGCGGCUAUCCAUGACCGACAAUUAUAAAAUAAAUAAUGUGCGUAUAUAUGUGCCUAAUAGAACUUGCCACCUGGUUCCUUAAGUACAAUAUUUAAAAAAAAAAAGUUUUGUCAUAAAUUAAGGCACGCAUGCCGAAGGUCGCGGAAAAUAAUUAUAAAAUCUAAUUAUUCGGAAAAUCGUAUAGAAUAUUAUUUUAUUUCAUUGUCCCGGAGCGAAUGCGACGCGGAUGUCUUGGAUUGCUGUUGAUAAUUAUCAUGAAAAAAUAUAAGUACGUUAUACCAUCUUAUGAUAUAAUAUAGAAUUAUAAUUUAAAUCUGUGUAUAAUAAUAUUAUGUAUAGGUACUCAUAUUCAACGUGUUUUUUUUUUUAUUAUCCGUAUGAUAUAACCUCGAAAUUGUGUCCGUGCGUUUGCGUUAUAUUAUCAUUCGCUAAAAAAUUAUUACGAAUAAUUAUUAUAGUUAAAACGUUUUUCCUUCUCCCUCAAAAACGGGAAUGUUCUCGAUUAACUAUCCGGUCGGAUACGCUCGAACUCUCCGUCCGAAAUAUCCACGUCACUGUCGUAGUAGUUUAUUAUGUUUUUAGUUCGAAAAUCGUUAUUGUAAAGAUAUACUAUGUAAGUAGGUUACCUAACUAUAUAAUAUUAUGUCAGAAUAACAUCGCUUGAGUGUAUCCCGAUGCUCGGGGUGUACUUGGGCUCAAACGAUACAUAUAGGUUCAUUCGGUACACACGUAUAUUUUUUAGGCGAAAUGCACGUGCCGAAGCCGUCAUACUAUUAUCAUUGUGUGUGACAGCCCCACAGUAUAAUUAGAUGACUUCUUCCAGUAAGAUUAUAAUAUAAACAAUUUUAUAGUACUGACAUUGAUUACCAAUGAGAUAAGAAUUAAAUAUUGGCGAAUUUUAAAUUUAAUGGACGUUAUUUUUAUUAGUAGAGGUAUUCAAUAUUCAUAGGCUAGGUAUUUUUUUUUUGUAGGAUAUACAAAAACAAAAUUACCAACCUAGCGGGUUGAAACUUUACUUCUUAUCACCAGUUAGCAAUAUAGUUUAGUCUUUAUAUAUGCCAUCUAUUAUAAGUCUAUCUUUUCAUAUAAUAUAUACAUCUUGUAUAAAUACCUUAGCCAUAUUAUUACAAUUAUUAUUAAACGCGCGCGAGUUUAUAAAAUUCACAAAAUGAUUUCGGUAAUUUUUUGGGAAAUAACUUAGAUUAAAUAAUUGUGAACAAAAAAAAAAUUAGUUAUUAGAAACGGUUGAAAAAUAUAGGUAAGUAAGUAUAAUAUUAUUAUAUUGUCUGUAUGGAUACAGUUAUUUAUACUAAAAUCCGGUACAUUAGUCAGUAAUUUAAUACGAUUCUAAUCGUAACUAUUCAUUUUUUUUUUUUAUUGCGAUAAAAAAAAUAUAAUACAGGUACUUAUCUAUUAUUAUAAAUGUGUACUAUAUUAAAUUAAAUUAACGUGUAACGUUCGUUUUAAGACGGUUUUUUUAAAAUAUUUUUUUCUCCGAUCCGUGUAAUUGUCGAUUAAUUAUAAUUAGGUACCUAUACAAAACCUUUUAUUUUAUUCGUAAUCGAUUUGAUCCGAAAUAAUCUUCACGUAAUACUAAUAUAAUUUUAAUUAGAUAUAUACAUUAAAUGCAUAGUCGUAGAAGUCGUCAUCAAAUGUGUACACCAAGUACUUAUAAUUCAUCAAAAGAAGCCUCUCAACUCUAGGACCAUUUUUAGGACAUAUCAAGGCUUUUAAUUAUUUCUACCGCUAUGCUCAUGCAUUCCAAUCUAAUCCUCCUAGUUAUUUUUCGAAGUUUUCUUUGACUAUGACACAUGUUUUCAUCUCAUUAUCAAUCUCCAAGAGCUCAAGUACUUAGAAAAUACAUAAAAUGUUGGUCUAUGAUUUUAUCUUGUAUUAGUAAUGUAAUUUUUAUUGACCAGUGAUUAUUAUUAUUAUUGUUGAAAACGUGCUCGGCUCUUAUUUACAAAAAAAAAAAAAAAUUAAUCCUGUAAACCAACCCACCCCCGCAGUAUCAAUAUCUAACUUUAUAGUAUUAUCAUGUUCAAAAUCAUUGUAAUUAUUUGGUUAUUAACCUCACCAGUAACCACAUUAAAAUUAUUAUUAUCACGAACAAUGACGUUUUUAUGCAUUUAUAACUAGCUAGGUACCUGUAUAAUAAAAUUGUUCUCCGGGUUGUGAUAUUGAAAACCUGUACUGACUUCUAAAAACUCUAUUGUUUUGCCGCAUAUGAAAAGUAAAAGCUACAAAUGCCGGAAAUUUUAAAUAUACUCGUAAUACAAACCGUUGAAUAAUUUUCAACGUACGUUUUAUCAUUAGAUUAUAGACAUAUUAUUAUAAAAAAAAUUAUUUACCAUAAAAAAAAAAAAUAAUAAUAAUAAUAAUAAUAAUAAUUAAAACGAUUUCAAGUACAUACAAUUUUAAUUCUUAUGGAUAAAAUACCUAUGUAUAAUUUUUAUAGGGAUAAUAUAAUUACCAACAGCAAUGUUUUGCAUUUAAUAACAGUUUAUUACUAUAAUAUGAAAACGCAGUAAGACUUUUCUUUAGCAAUACGAGUUUCUAUUAAAAAAAAAAAAAACUAUUUUAGACAUACUAUAUUUUAUAAAGAAAUUUACUUGGACCUUAGGUCAGAAAAAUUGUUGUGUUUAGGCGUGCUACAAAUUUGAAAGUGAUACGAUCGCUCUGAAAUGAUUUCGAUAAUUUUUUUCCUAAUACUCAAAAUAAUUGUAUUACGAAAGUGACAUUACAAUAUUACCAUUUAAGUAUUAAUAAAAAUACACGUAGGUAUUAGUAUAAUUUCGUUCGAAAAUUAAUUAUUUGAAAAAUCUAGUGAACUUAGUUGUAUUUUACUUGUGUAUCGGCAUGACACUUUAAAAUAAGUAUCUAUAAAUACUCGAUACUUUCCAGUAAAUACUCUAUCGUGAUGCAAGAUAGAAUUGCAUUUGAAGAAACGUAUUUUAAACAUUUGUAUCGAAAAUACUGUCCAGCUCUGCUUGUGUAUAAUUUACUUUAGGUAAUAGCCUAUUUUACACGAAAUAUAAAAACGGAAACCGAAUUCUCGAAAACAUUGAAUAUUAUUUAAUAAUAUAAUGACACUUUCGAUAGACGUUUAACGUGAUUUGUGUACCGGAUAUGUAUUUUCUAAAAUUGCCCAUAAAUUUGUCCGCAGUCGUUGACAGUGUAAAACGGUCGCGUACAAAAUGUUCUUAAGCGGUUAAUUAUAGUUUACACAUUUUUUUUUUCUUCGAAAUGUUCCGAACUCUCCAGCCGGCCAAUCGAUUAUCAUUGAUCACAUUUCUGUAUAUAUAUACUUUUUUUUUUCAUUAGAAAACAUCACGAUCACUUUUUUUAUUUUUAUUACAAAUCGUCUGUUUACAGUCUAUUUUCGAGUCGGGCUGUACGUUUUAAACGAACUACGAUUUUUUCGUUUAUUACAGCGCAGACGGGUAUACUCAGGCGCAAUUAUUAAUUUGUUCGUAGCCGUGCAAAUUGAUAUAUAUUUAUUAUUUUUUUUUUAUAAUCUUUUUAUAUAGCGACUCGACGACGACGUGUAGUACUAUCAUUUUUUAUAUAUACCUGCUAUAUUAUUGACUUAAAAAUUCUUCGUGUGUAACAACAAUAAUAUACACUCGUAUAUAAUAUAAUAUAUCUAGUUGUAUAAGGUUCGUCGCGACCGACUGACCGAUACCACGCGAAAUCCUCUGCGAGACUAUUGUUAUAGGAUUUGUACGUGUGAGCGCGAGCGAAAAAAAUAUGUAAGAAAAAAACGACAAAAUGUGAAAAAAAUAAUGGUGAAAAUUUCGCACGCGUCUAGUUAACGAGAAAAAAAAAUCUAUACUUUACCAAUCGUAUAUAUUAUGUGAUUCAAUGAUUGUAGGUGUAUUGAAACGUUAUAUUAUAUAUUCGCCAUUUUAUAGAGUGGAACAAGUACCGUUUACACACCAUAUCACGUGGUGAUGGUUCAGGUCCGUUUUACCGGAAAUAAUGUGAUUUGCUUAUUUACAAUAUUAUUAUACACUGCAGCACACAUACACACACAAACACACACACACACACGCGCGCGCGUACGAAAACAAUGUGUGUGCCUCGAAAAAUCGUUCAUUGUAUCCGAGAUAGUAUAAUAAUGUAUGUGUGUGUGUUGUGUGUAUAUAGUUGUUUUAACAUAUCUGUGAUAACAUUGUUGUUAUAUAUUUUCGAUUCUUGUUUUGUACACUUUUUAUUAUAGUAUAUUGGAGUGAUCGCUUUAAACCACCGCGUUAUUGUAGUUUUUUUUUUUUUUUUCAAAAUAUUUACUUAAUUGUUAUUUCAAAUAUUAUAAAUUCGUGUGAAUAAUAAUUUAAAUCCCUUAUAAAGACACGGGAACGAAAAUUUAUCGAGCUUUGAACGAGUUGAGUUUUGGUACAAAAGUAUAAUACGAGUAUUAUAUUAUGCAUCUGGAUGCGAAGAGCUGCAGCCAAUCAAUCGAAAGAUCGGUGACCAGAAGCAAAAGAUAAUAUAUUAUUUUGUAUAAGCUGCACCAAUACGAUUUUGCAAUUCUAAUAAUGUUUCGGUAGGUAUAUAGGCAUUUUUAACCGAUUUUCAAGUUUUCAAAUACACAUUAUAUUGUAAUACUUAAUCGAAGUGACGGUUUUACAAUAAUAGCCUCACGUUUAAAAUUGAAAUACUUAAAGAAAAUACAAAAAUGUUAAAAUUAAAAAUCUUUAAAGUUUUCGGGGUUUUUUUUUUUUUUUUUUUUUGGUGGGGGUGGGGUUUUGUCACGUUUAAUUCGAUAUUUUAAGAUAUUCACGAGACGUUAACCCCAUCACGGUAUACAUACUCGAAUCUAUAAACUAUGGGUUUUGUCACGUUUAAUUCGAUAUUUUAAGAUAUUCACGAGACGUUAACCCCAUCACGGUAUAUAUACUCGAAUCUAUAAACUAUAAAUUAUCUACACUGAUACGAAAUUCCUGAAAUUACGUCGUUUCAACGACAACGAAAUGAAUAAUAUUUUUUGUUAUCAUUUUUAAAACGCGUUCCUGUAAUAUUAUAAUAACAAAAAAGGUGUUGCUUCGAAAUAGUUUUUAAAGAAAACUGUAAAAGUCUGGCAUGUACAAUUUAUAAAAGUAUACCAGUAACAAUACCUGUAUCAUCGUGUUGGGCUGGAAACUCGAGUCGAUCACGUGCAUUUUUCGCGAAACACCCUUGACCUGAAAUAAAAAUUUAAAAAAACAUAUAUUUUAAUAGUUUCCUGGUAUUUUGCUAUAAGUCGUGUCGGAAAAGUAUAGGUAUAAUACACGGAUGAUUCGGAUUCAACGUGUAUGGCGUUUUGAAAUAACACAUAAUAAUAAUAAUAAUAUGCUCGUUGGGUUUCUAUUAUUAUUAUAAAUUGAACCAGUCGUUCGUGCAUCAGUCUUCGCGAUACGAUCUUCUCGAUAUUAUUAUAAAGUCUUCUACCGCCGCCAUCACGCUAAUGAAUAACGCGUAUAGUUAUUAUUACAAUAUGAUGACAUACGGGUUCGUUUAGAAAAAAAAAACCGUGCUUAGAGUUGUUUUUUUUUUUCAAAACGUUAACCAAUUAAUCGUUUGUAUAUAGGUAGGUAAGUAUAUCGUAUCUCACAUAACCGUCAAUUAGUCAAUAAAAUAAUUUUAAAACGCCGGCAUUUGUAUUCUAAUAAGUUAUAAUAUACCCGUACGAUAUGUACCCACGGGUCGAUUUUAGUUUCCGAAAGCAGCGCUUAAUGUAUUGCAACUACGAGACAUUCCACUUUAAAGUUUGAGUUGGGGAGAGUAGUGGAGCAUGAUUUGCGUGGCGGCACAGCGCUACUCUCCCCUACCUAAACUUGAAAGUGAAAUAUCUCGUCAACGGAUUGACCGAAAUCAAAAAUUUCAACACCAGAAUUUAUCCAAACGAAUUGGAUGGAUUUCAAUAUAGAUUGUCGUUUAAAAAUUAGAUAGCCUGUUCGGCCCGAAAAAUAAUGGAAAUGUAAUAUUUUAGAGAUGCUGUUGUUUCUUAAUAGUUUUCAAACAGAACAAUCACGAUAAAGUUAAUACUUUCCUAGAAAUAUGAUCACGCGAUCGCGAAACACCCUGUAUGUAUGUAUGUAUGUAUGUAUGUAUAAUAUAUAUAUUAGAAAGCUGCGGAAUGACUGCCGGGCGAAUCGAUCGCGCAUGUGUCGACGGCGCAUUGUGGCCGUCGGUUACGCAUGCAUACGAAGAAUGUGAGUCACAUUCGUCGCUAUAGCGAGUGAUAGAAAUGCGAUAGAAGAAAAGGAAAAAAAAAAAACAAGUAAAAAGCUCGUGUAGGUAUGCCCGUGUGUGUGUGUGUUUGUGUGUGUGUGUGUGUAAUAUAAAUAAUAUUGUAUGUAGAUCGGCGCCGCGCCGCGAUUCCGUGGGUUGCACAAUAUACCUGGGUAUGUAUGUUUUCGGAUGAUGACGAAAUACACUCGUAAAAUCGACUCGGAGCGGCCGCGGAACCGUGUUCGAGUAUAAUAAUAUCGGCUCCGCGGUGGGUAUACGGUUUUGUUAUUAUUGUUAAUUUUUUUUUUUUUUAAACGAGCGUUUUUUUUUUAUUAUUAUUAUUAUUUCCGUAGCUCUCGCGUGCGCCACGACAAUGGCGCGCCGGUAUACUUUGUCCGUCGUGGCCGCAGAACAAUCGAAUAAAAAAAAAAUAAUAAUAAAAGCUCUCGUAUUAUAACAGUCUACGACAACAAUAUUAUUUGUACAUCGCCGCCGCCUACGUUUACCGGAUACGAAUGUACGCCGGUACCCGAAGCCGACAAUCGCAUUGUAUACGUGUAUAAUAUUUUGAAAUGUUAUUUACGCGGACGAAAGUCAAACGAAAAAGAAAAAAAAAAACCAAACAACCAUUUCGUAACACGACCCGACUGCAGUUCGAUGCAGUAAUUGCUGUUGCAGUCGUCGUCCGUUCUCAUCUGGCGAGUAUUUGAAUACCAUACUUAAUAUACGGAUUUCGUAUAUUAUAAUAAUAUACAAAGUCCGCGUUUUCCAGUAACAAUAAAAAAGGAGAGGCAUUCCCGAAAACUUUUUCGUUUUUUUUGUUUUUCUUAUACAACACAAUCGGUGUUAAAUACAACUUUAUUUUCGCGCGCUCGGUGCCCGGUAUACUGAAGACGUUUCGCGUAUAGGCGAUUUUAACGAAUUCUCGAGGGGGUUACAAUAUAUUCGGAUUUACUUUCUGUGUCAUAAACGUACAGGUUUAAAUUAAAUUCUGACGCCGAGGACGUGGUCUCGUAAUGAAAAAAAAAAAUAUAUAUAUAUAUUUUUAUACAGUCACCAAAAAAUAUAUUUUUUUUUUAAAGAACUGCACAUCGUGACGGCAUCUCGUAAUAAUCCAUUGAAAUUAUUUCAUUUUCGAACGUGUUUCCCGGGUAUAAGUCACUCAUACGGUCGAGGUCCCGUCGGGGAGAACCCGCGAAUCAUGGUAUUUACUCGUUUUGGUUUGCAUGUCGUUGGUUGUUUAAUCGGAAUUUUUUUUUUUAAUAUAGACUCGUCUACCGGCACGCAGCAAUCCGGUAAAUGAUUCGUAGUAUAGUUCCGAAUGCGGUUAUGGAGUGUAACUACAACUCGUAACUGUGCUUCGGGUUAGUCCGAGGGAAAAAAAUAUGUAUAUCUGCUUACCUCAUGACUACUUACGGCGCGGCGUCACGAAGUUACCGUUAAAUUCGUGUUAAUUCUUUGCUCGUUAUAAAUACACAUUUGUAUUUGCAACGUUAUGCUACAUUAUGGUAAAAAAAAAAAACCAAAUAGAAGCAAAUAUUCCUACUUGCCCUCUCCCCCUCUGCGAACGCCCACGACCAACGGUAUUAAUAAUAAUUACCUAAUUAUCCUAUAAAUUCAAACACCAUGAGUUACGAUAGUCUCGUAGCAAUUAAUAAGUUAUUCAUUUAUUCGUAUAAUAUAUUUAAGUACCCGAUAAAAACAAUUUGAACAAUAAUAGUGAUUCAACUCCGUUCGAAAAAAGAAAAACAAGAACCGAGCUUUUAUAUUUUUUUGCACAGUAUCCACGAGGCUAAUAUUUCAAGCUAGGAUAGCAAGAUAUAGUAAGCUUAUAUGAGCCAUCAGGAUUAAUGAUAACCGAAUAGUUUCUAUCGAACCGUUCGAACUAUUCGAUAGAUUGAAAACUGUUCGAACAAGUAUAGAAAAAAAGUCUAGUGACAGUACUGUUUAAUUUUGUUUUUUUUACGGGUGCUAUUCAUCUCGAAUGUAUAGUCACGAGCCUUGUUAGUAAUCAUGAUGCAAUUCUGAUUACUGGUUUCACAUUUCCUAUAGAGUAGCUUGAGCGUUAUUGUAAACCGCUCUAGCUAUUGAAAUAUAAAUUUGAAGGGUCUGCAGGGUGGCGGUUUAUUGUAUUGACAUAAGGGGGCUGGCUAGCUCUGUGAUAUCUGGACUGUAAAUAAUUAUAUUGUGGCGUACCGUGCACUCGCUUAUUUUUUCAACGAUGAUACACGAACGAAAACAUUUUAAAGUAAAAUACACACGUUACGUCCUCCCUUAAGAUGAACGACAUCAACGCUCUACCUACAGUUGAAAUUAGAUCACAAUAGUGUCGACCCAGGAUUGUAUGAACCGGGUUAGUAAGCCGGCUACUAUCCUUUAUGGUUUGGAAAAAUAGCCUCGUGUAUUAUCGUUUGGCGGCGUUUUUGAUCUCGUUUUCAAGAUUAAAGCGCUAAUAAAAAAAAAAAAAUGAAAGUAAUUUUCUAACCGCCCGCGGUAAUUCGUGUCUGUAUAUUAUAUGACUUUCAACCGACGGCACUCGGCGGCGUAUAGGAACCGUGCACUUAUAAUAUAUAUAUAUAUAUAUAAAUAUAAUAACGUUUUUACUAUUUAAACAAGUAACGUCAAAAUAUGAAACAAUCAUUUUCAAGAGUUUUCUAGAUAUUUGCAUGAAAUAUUCACCAUAUGCGUAUAGUUGGUUUAAACACUCUUGUGUAAAACGUAUAUACUUUCGGUAAAACAAAUACUGUGUGCAUGUUUAGAAAAUUCGCGUCCUUGUGUGUAGAUAUUUGUUUGAAUUUUACGUGUUAUUAUUAUUGUUAUGUAAGUAUCUACCCUAGAUGGUGAACUCGCAGCAGUGCGUACAACCGCGAAUAUAAUAUUAUGCGCCUAACAUACAACCUACGCCCGCAGUCCCGCGACGAUGAUGAUUAAUAAAAUAUUUAAUACUAUGGUAACCGUUGAUAAUUAUUUAAUUCGCGAGGUCGGUUCUCCCGACAGAACAAUAUAAUGUUUACCUAACAAUUUAUUAUUUAAAUUUCAAACUUUCACGAUCGCGCGAACGUCGUCUUAAUCGCUGCCGCCGUUUUCUUUUCAUUUACGCCUCUCUCCGCGCAGAUAUGUACUUGCGGCUCCACUGCCCCAGCUGCAUUUCCUUCGGAAAUCUCGUCGCGAAAAACUCGUACAAUUAACGUAAGGCGUACAUGUGUUUAUUAUUUACAAAUUAUAGUAAUCUGUUUGAAUGAUGAACGUAUGUAUUGUGGGAUUAGAAAUAACAAUAAUAAUAUAGCGUGUAUAUUUUUUACAAGUACUUAGUAUUUCCCACAAUAAUUAGAGAAAUACGAUUAUUACAAUCUCAGCGUUUUUAUUUUUAUUUUGUUUUUUUUUUACAGAAAUUUAUUAGAAUAUUAUGUUUGUCAAGUUCAAAAUCACUAUACAUUUUAUGAUCCGAGCGUGGGAAAAGCCAUUUAUAGUUUUACCGGUGACGUGUUUUUUUUCUUUUCGUAAACACCUUUUUCAGUUAGUAAAAAUCUUCGAUAUUUUCACGCCAUACUUCAAAAAAUGUGGAUUUUCCGCGACGGGACGCGACGGUAUAGUUUUGUCUGGAAAUCCGUUACGUGUUCCGUAAAUUUUUGUCGACAAUUUAAAAACACUGAAAACGAAAAAUGACGCUAUUUCGGCGGUUUUCGAUUUUCGGUGUAUCUAUGAGCAAUACAAUCCGCGCGUUAAAUCGGAAAUAAAUAAUAAUAAAACAAAACGACAAUAAUAUUAAGAACCUAAUGAAAACGAAUUGUAUUUGCAUGUACAUACACUUAUAGAAAUUCCGGAGAGAAAAAAAGAUUCCACGAGGCUUUCGCAUUGAACAAUAAUGAAUAUACAAAAAAAACUUUCCAUCGUGAAAUAUUAUAUCAGCGCACGUGGCGCGUUUUGAAUGACUGAUUUGCAUUAUAAAUUGGUUCAAAUGUACUCGGCUGUCUGGGCCGUCUACUCUGCCGUUGGUGCCCGCCGGCCUACGUUUGACGAAACCCGUUCCGAGGUAGGUCGGUCGGUAGGUAGGUUGAAAAGUAAAUUGUCGAAGAACGAAACAAUCCCCGGCCAUUGUCGCGAAAACGGAACGGGAUACGCACACCUCUUCGAAAGCGUUUCGCAUUUAUCCGACCGGUAAGCUCGGAUUUCGUAAAAUUUCACCCGGCCCUCCGACGAAAACGAUCGUAUACAAUGUAAAAACUGCAAGACGCGUAUCGUAUAUUAUUAUUAUUAUUUUUUAUUUUUGAUCUUUGUGUCUUCUACUCGAAACUUAACCUAUCGUCCGUGCCGAAACUUUAGCCUGUAUAUAGUUCUGAUGACGAUUUCUCUAAUCUUUUGUUAUUUUUCAUCUCUGCACAGCUUAACGGGUCUUCGGGAACCUUGCAGGCCGUUAACACGACUUUCUUUCGUCAUCGGUCUCUAUUUCUAAAUACACAUAUAAACCUUCCCGGAUCAAUAUUUACCCGUUUGUUUUCCUCCGGUUUUCUAUACAAAAUUCCGUCCGACCAACGUUUUCUGGGCAUUUCGUUUGGCCUUUUAAUUAAUCGUUAUUUCAAUACAGCUGUUGUUUUGAUCCUGUCUCCAUUUUUCCCGCGCAUUACCCCCCUCUCCAGUCUGGGAAUUUCGAUACAUUUUUGUUUUACAUAAGGUACGGAUAAUUGUUUCUUUUUUUAUUUUUCAAAAAUACCGUAUUAUGCUUUUACAUUAUAAUUACAUUACAUUAUAACGACAACGGUAUUUUUGUUUGUUUGUUCAUUUAUUUUUACUAUCUUUGUCAAACUAUAACACUAAACAGACGCUAUAAAUUCUAUGUGUAGGUACUCGGGUUUUUGUUUUGAAAUACCUUCUUCCUUUUUAGCCACGUAUUCAAACGUUCAUUACUACUAUUAUGCUAUAGGUGGACACCUAUACUGGCAAUUAUAAUUAUUACUUAUCUAUACUUACGUGAUUUAUCAUAUUAUUAUUUUAUCACAAACCAUAAAAUGCACAAUUUAUUAUUAUAAAUAUUAUGGAACGUGCCGUUUAAUUGUUAUUUUUUUUUUUUAAACAUUGAAUCACAUCGCGUCAAUGGUAUUUUAUAAUAUUUUGUACCAUUUCGUUUAUGUAUUUUUGUAAUAUUUAUAUUAUGAUUAUAUUGUGUUUUUAGCAUUUUUUCGCAGAUUUUGACGUUUAAAAAAAAUAAAGUUAAUCAUUUCUCCAUAAUAAAUUAAAAAUUUUAUAUACGUAUAUAUACUUGUAAUGUUCAAAAUAAUUUCCAAAAAAAUAAUGGACAUAUUCAACGCAAUAUAUUUUUACCCUACGCAAAAUAUAAUGUUGAGAGAAAAAAAAAUGCUAACGCCGCUGAUAUUUUAGGAAGGAAGUUGAAAUGGCGUAGAUGAGUAAUUUAAUUUAUAUUUGUACGCAACGAUAAACCAUUGCUAACGAAAAACGAUUCGGAGACGUAUUAUUCUCCAAUGUAUUAGACAAUCCAGAAAUCAACAAAUAAUAUAAAUAAAAGUUGUUAGAUUUUUCCAUUUUUCAGGAUAAAUAAAAGAAAAAUCAAAAAAUUACCAUUCUCGAUAGCAAAGUUCUUACAAUAUUGUUAAUAAAAAAAACUGCACUUGCCCAGAAUCAGUAAAAAGAAAAAAAUUUUAUUGGAAUCUGUGUGUGACGUGAUUUUAUACUCGAUUGUUUUUUAAUAGGUAUAAGAAUUUAAAAAUAAAAAAUAAAAGGAAAACGAAUCACGCCCUUGUAGUUAUUUAUUAUAUACGAAAAUUGCAGUUGUCUAAAAUAAGCUCUCACUUAUUAUAAUAAUAAUAAAUAUUCCAUACUCUAAAGGAAAAAUUCCAUACACGAUAUAAUAAUAUUAGGCACCAUACGAGUGUAAAAUAUGUCCGUGACGUAUAUAAUAAUUAUGACUUGUUGGAUUUAAAACGUGUGUAUGCCCACUUAUAUUAUAAUGACAACAUAAACCGCAGAAAUCUAUUAAAUGAAUUUCAUAGAAAUUCAGAAAAUAAACUUCUGUAAGGUCGUUGCGAAAAAAAAACUAUUUAUCUUAAGAGCGUUAAGCGACGUGACUGCGAUAAUUAGUUGUGUUUUUCUUCGAGUACCUACACAAGCCUGGAUUAAGGGGAGAGGUGGGUUCAGGGAGGGCUAUGACUACUAGUGGCUUUUAAAAAAUAUACAUAUAAUUGUUUAUUUAAAUAUAAUACUUGUAGUUUUUGAUUUUAAAUCUGUUAUAUCUAUUUAUAAUUUAUUGUUUUUUUUUUUUUGUUAACUUUUUUUAUUAUUUAUUUUUUUGAGGACCUCGUUUAAAAGUUUGGACCCAGGGCAUCGAAAUGUGUAGAUCUGGGCUUGUACCUACUAGGAAAAGGUGCGGACGAAAUAUCGUAAUAUUGCGUUUUUCGAACGGGAACAAAACGAAAAUAUAUAAGUAUAAAAUUGCGUUGUUCGAUUAUUAUUAUAUUUGUUAACAAUAGAGACGAAUAAUAUAACAAUAAAUCACAGAGUCCGGACGACUCGAGGAGUGCUGCUGCUGAUAAUAUCUUCUUCUUGUUAUUACGAGUAUAUUGUGGGAAUCUAUAGAAAAGAAGAUAAAAAAAUACCUUCAAUAGAAAACUGGUUCAAAUGGAUAUUAAACGGACACGCGUUCCUCUGUGGCUAUUACGGAUAUAGGUAUCUGAUGAGUUUAUGAACCAUCGCGAACAGGUAGUACAAAUCGGAGAUCCAGACGAUAAUGUUUUUAUAGUACAAUAACGCAAAAAUAAAAAGAAAAAUGCGACGGCUCCAGUAGAGAAGGUGUGUUCAUACAAAACGCUAUAGGUAUCGACUGCACGGACAACGGCACGACCGUUUAAAAUAUUUGGCGUCCGAAAAACGGACGGUCUAGACAGUGAUAACAGUCUAGACUAGGGUUAGGCCGUCCAAAGUCUAGACCGGGGUUAAGCCGUCUAUAGUGUCUAGACCGUCGUAUAGGUUGGACCGUGGCUUCGGAACGAUUUCGACCGAAGGCGCCUAAAUUUUGUUGUUUUUUCUUUGGAAUUUCGACGUCUCGACCAAAAAAAAUCGUAAUUGUUAUUAUAGAUAGGUAACCUACAUUUAUCAUCGAUCGCCGUUGUCGUCGUGAAAUCAGCGGACCGCACGCGCGACGCCCGUCCCGUGCCGGGGAUGUCGCCGCCGUCCGGAGUUAUUGUACCGUAAUGCAAUCGUCGCAAAUUACGAUACCGAAACCACCGACGACGAAGACGUCUCCGUAUAUACAAUAAGGUAUCCGUGGCGCGGAAAAACUAAAAAAAAAUAAUCGACGGUUAGAUUGUGUGUAUAAUUAGAUUCAGUAGCUUUAAUAUAGUCGGUCGCCCGUGUAGUUUAGCAGGGUCAACGAGCUCGCGCAAAUCAAAUAAUAAUUAUAAUAAGACGUCGCGGAGUUGGAAAUAAACCGCUCAUCUCUGACACGCGAUAAGAUAAUUAUUUACUAUAUAGUUAAAGGUACUCUCGCGGAAACGAUAUUUCUCUCUCUCUCUCACUCUCUCUCUUUCUCUUUGACCGCAUGUAUAAUUGUCAAAUGACACGAAAUUGUACGUUUUAUCGAACGAAUAUUGUCACGUGUAUAAGCCUAAAUAAUUUUAUUUUAAAUCCGUCGUAGUAUUAUACACUCACGCGAAGCAGACAACUACAAACAUACGCAUUAUGCAUAGAUAGAUUAGGCUGGGUUAGAUUAUAAAGCAGCAUUUUUGCAAAACUACUCCAAAAAAUCAAACUCGGAUUUGUCAAUUAAAUAUUAUUUGGUAAUUUCUGAGUUAUUUUAUUGUUUUUUAUAGAAUUUCAAAAUAUAUUAUUGUUUUUUCGUCGGCAACGCGGUUCAAUAAAUAAACAGUAUCACAGUAAUAACUUUUUCCAAUUCUGGUUUUUCACAAACAGUUAUGGAGAUUAUACAAGGUCUAUUUAUAAAUACAUAAAAAAAUGGAUGUAUCUGCAUAGGUCACCAUGUAUAUUGUUAGUAAGUUCAAAAACAUAAUUGAUUAUAACAUAAUAAAUACAGUAAUUCAUAUUGUUGAUUUUUUUCGCGAUUAUCUCAAAAUAUCUUACAAAAUGUACAUCCGUCUGGACACUGAAAAAUAACCAAUCCCACAGCGUAUAAUAUCUAAAACUUAAAAGGAUCCAAUUCUUACCACGACUGUGCAUCAGAUAUAUAUAUAUAUAUAUACAUAUGAGAACAUUCAGAAUAGUGUAUACUAUAUAAUGUAUGGAUAUUAUAUUUUAUAUUUUUAGCACGCCCUGCAAAGUUUUUAUUUCGCGGUCCAUUAUUUGUGUGUGUGGUCGUCUGUCUAGUCGAGCACAUCGUAAGUUUUCGUAACAAUCGCUAUACGAGAUACAUGCUGGACUACGUGUCCUUCGGCGGAAAAGUAAAAUCACGCAGACGCGAGAAAUAACAAUCGUAUGGCGUCAUGAAUUAGUAUUAUUAUUAUUUUUUUAAUAUUGUUAUUUUCGCCAGACAAAACGGAAUAAUUCCACGCCGUGCAAUGUAAUAACGUGUAUCAUAGGUAUCUACCUACCUACGAUCGAAACACAAUGAAAUAGCUCGGUAAUUACCGUUUGUAAGUACCUACGAGUUUUUUGUUCGCCCCAUGUAUAAUGCAAAAUUAAUAGCAACGAUAAUUCUGCAAUUGAACGCCGUUUCAGGGGUGGAAUAUAGAAAAUGUUAUACUCGUGUUAAUGGUUUUACGCUCGAUGUUUGUGUCAAACAAUACCUGUAUAAUGUACAAAAAAUAACAAAAUAAUACACCUAGAAGAUAAUUACUACUGGAGAAUAAAUGGCGAUAUACUCGUACAAGUCCAAGGUAAUACCGCAGAAUAGAAUUAACUGCAGAUAGAGCAUUUCGGAUUUAAAAGAAAAACCUUGAUUAUCAAGUGAUUAUCGGUGGCUGUCGUGGAUUAUCUUUUCUGCGUUAUUGAUUCUCAACCGUUUAUCACUUAUCAGUGACUAUUAUGACUUAUAGAAUUGGUUUAUGGAAAGAAUUAAUAAAAUGUAAAUAAUAUUAUUAAAUUUCAAAACAUUGUUAAAUCGCGAAAGAAUCAUUCGACACCUUUACAUAUAUCGCCUCUAACCGUCGCUAAAAUUGUCCGAUUUGGUCCAAUUCCUAUAAUUCCUAUAAAUUCCUAUAGUGUCAUUUUUCACCACACGUCUUCUCACCUUAUCCUUGGCCUUUCCAAAAGUAUUUUAUGCCUUUGAGUUCUGUUCCUGCAAUACUGACUGGAUAGUAAUGGGUUUCGGCUUCUCGGAACUCAGGUUGUAUCAAAAGAUCUUCCGCGAUAUUUUUCUUUCUAGUGCCAAAAAUGUUGUUGUUUUUCAACAAUAUUAUUUUUUGUUUUGACAUGCAACCGUGCGCGUGAGUGAAAAUACUGCUGGAAACUAGUACGUUAACUGGUACAAUAACACGGUGAUAUUAUUUUCCCUGGACGACCGCUUAGUAUACGUGUGGAUGUACGCAGUAUUUAGACAAUAUUUAUCCCGAGUGUGAAUUUUCGAAUCGCUUUUUCUAUACGAUAAAAAACGAUUAAUACUAUACACCUAAGAUACUAUCAGAGUGUUCCACAUAAAUAUUGUAUGAAAGGGGAUGCGGAUUUUAUUAAAUGGUGCUGCUGCAGUGCGGGGAAAAAAUAUAUGUAUACAUAUUUUUUUUCAAUUUGCACGAAGAAAAGAAACGUAGGUACCUAUAUUUAAAAAAAAAAAAAAAACCGUUUAGGAACCAUAAUAAUAGUAUAAUAUAUUAUACAACGCGUAUUCAAUUGGAGCGUGUAAAUUACAUAAUAAUAGCUGCUAUACUAUUGCUGGCUGCAGGUAACAAUAAUGUGUUUGAUGCCGUAGUACCUAGGUAUAUAAAUAUAUAUUACUAUAAUAUAUAUAUAAAUAUAUAUAAUACGAUAUCGGUGUGUUUUUUUUUUCAAUCGAUGAGAGAAAACAGUACAUUUUAUACGUUAAACGGGCGCGCGCGCGCGCAAAAAAAAAAAACAAUCAUAAUAAUAAAAAAAUCAUAUCCCGUGUACGUGCGGACGCGAUGCAUACGAUGUAGAUUUAACGUAUAGUUUUUCGAUCACCUCCGGGAUACAACGACCGAUUCGAUUAACUGCAGGUGUAUUUACUGUGUGUGUUAUUAUUGUUGCGGGCACAUGUUCGAGUAUGAUUUAUUUUCGGUUUUUUUUUCUUUUUACGUAAUGGGGGUGAUAAAAAAAAAAAAAAAUUAAAUACACGUAUUGCAACAGUUCAGAAAUGAAAUUAUUAUUUUUAUAUUCUCCCACAAAUUACGUAUGUUCAAAAUCAAUAAAUUGAAAAAUAUUCAAAACGAUCGGUUAUGGUGGGAAUCACAUUUGUCUUAUCUACAGGCUCUAUAGAUUACAACUGUGACUUAGGAUCACAAGUAUUCUUAGAUAAAGCAGAAUAAUCACGACAUCGUGGUGUCCUAAUAAUAUCUUAUAACACCUGAUUGUUGGUAAGAUACAUUCCAAAACCGAUCGUUUUGAACUUGAUAAAUUAAAAAAAAUGUUAAAAGUCCUAAAAUAACGAAUCAACAAAAAUAUAUGAAUGUAUCAUUUAAAAUAGGCAUAUUUAAAUUAAAUAAUACGAUUACUUAUUAUAAUAUCUUACAAACUUCAAACUCUCGCUGUCGCCGUAGAACGUUUAAAAAUAAUUAUUUUUAAAAUAUCGAAUGGCAACUAAAAAUAGUAUACAAUAGAAAAUGAUAAAUCAUUGCAAACGAAAAACGAUUCUCAGCGAAGUUCGGUAAACUGGUAAAGUUACAAUAUUAUAGUCGUGUUUUUCCACACAACCGACGGAACGCCAUUCGUCGUAGGUUUUUUCAUUUUUAAGAAUAACUGUCGGGAAUCUAAUCACUUCUGAUGUAUGACAAGAGAAACUAUUGAUAAAGGCAAUCAAGCAUUUUUACCAUCCAAAAUGUUAUUAUUCGAAGGGAAAAAAUACACGUACAUCUCUGUAAAACUUGAAUAAAAAAAAAAAAAAAACCCAGUAAAUUAACCUCGCUUGGUUCUGGUCACGAUUCCCGGAUUUUGUAUAGGGUCUCGUCAUCUCCGUCGUCUCCAGUCGUACUAUAAUAGAUGUUGUCGGAGGCCGCGACUUUAUUAUAUUAUACACGAUAUAGCCCCCUAAUAUACUGUCGUGCUUAGCUGCAUCGGUUACCAGCAAGACGGAUGUCCUUGGAAAUGUCUGAACCGGAUGCGGUCCCGUCGUCGUCUGCAGAGACCUCUGUUUGCGUGACGGCUUUUGACCGGCGAAUUAUUCGUUAUCGCAGAUACUUAAAAUAGUGAUGGCUUAACCUCACGUUUAUGGGUUUUUUCCUUUCAUUCUUUGUUUUUUUUUUUUUUGGUCGGCAGUGUUAGUAUUAGAAGGCGACUUGCUCGUAUAUAGUAAAAAGUCUCGGCGUUUCCCAUGAUGGUGAGCUACAGCGCGCAUAAUUUUUUACGUGUAUUUUUUUUUUUUUAAUCAUUUUCCAUUCCGCGAGAGCCGAAAUCGCACAUUACAUAGGUAUACGCCUACCUAUAUAGAUAUUAGGUACAUUAUAUUUGUAUACUAUUAUUAUUGCAACGCGUACAACGUAUCUCGUACACAACGCAACACUGGCACACUGUCUCGCAGUAUAAUACGCACUCGCCUCUCCUAUAUACACGAGAAUAUCGUACGGUUGUCAAUAAUAGUUGUAAUAAUAAUAAGUAAUAACACAUAAACGACAGUCAGCAGCAGCAGCAGCAGCAGGAUAACGGUAUGUUAGCCAUCCAAUAAUUCCUAUCCGGUAAUAAUCGUGUCGACACGUCGUCGUCGGUGUCGUGGUGUACGAAUAUAAUAAUAUAUAAUGUCCGCUUGUGUUUCUCUUUUUCGCGAGAUAAUACGCGUUUAUACGCGAAAAAGUCUUUUAUAAUGUAAUUGCCACUGCGCCGGGUAAUAAUACACGUAGUUUCGGAAUACGGAAAUCCUUUGGCCAAUAAUAACAAUAAUAAUAUGAACAAAAAAAAAAAAAUGAAAAUAUCUCCAGUUUAUAUACAAUCAAUAACGAGGCGCGUAUUUUCCAGCGCGUAGUCGGUUACACAAUGUUCUAGCCUAGCUGGUCCACAGUUACUAUCGCAGGACACGUUUUAGUGAAUAUCUAAUGCGUAUCAACUCUCGUACGAAAAAUCUCCACGGGCAGUUAGACCAAAUUUUACUUUUAAAUUUUGGAUUUUCCCCGGUAACCGAUUUUUCCGCACCACUGGGAAUAUUUUCUAAGCAUAUAAAAUAUAAUAUUUUGCUAUAAAAUCCACCAAUUCGAUAUUGUUCACCGUUUAUUUUCCACUGGACACGCACUAAACAUAAUCUUACUCUGUUGAUGGGUGUUCAAUGGAUUUUACAGAAAACCCCGUUAAAAAAUGUGCUGUACUACCGUGAUAGUUAUUGCUGCAGUGGUAGUACACGAUAGUUGUUUUUGACUAUGAUUAACGAUCACGAUAGUAAUAAUACUAUCUCACGAUGUUUUUUAAUUAUACGACUAUCGCGACAACUGCAACAGUUAUCACCGUGUGUUGACCAGUCGUAUUAAUAACGUGAUAAUAUUAUGGUUGUUGAUAUAGCGUCAGUUUUUUUUUUUUUUUUUUUGGUCGUGCCCUUCGUACGGUCAUCGCAGAAACCGCUAUGAUAUACUAUCUAUCGACUUUCGAUUUCAAUACGCGUAAACGGGAACGAAACAAAAACAAAAAAAAAAAAAACGGUAUGUUGGUGCAGGCAUUCCGUGGUUCGUUAAUUUUUUUUCGCACACCGCACGCGUACAUUUCCGGCCAUACAUUUCGCUAUCGGACAACGUAUCGCAGUAAAAUCAAACGGACCGCGUGUAGAAUAAAAAAGAAAAGAAAAAUAUAUAUAAUAAAAUAAGAAAAAUAAGUAUCACGCGCGGUCACCUUUAUUAUAUACGACGGCGAUAACUAUACUGCCGACCGUUUGGUCCGAUUACAAAUAAUACGAUCAUAUCGUAGGCUAGGCACGUACGGCCCCGUCCGCGUUUUUCGUUUAUAUUUGCACGUCGCGCGGUUGUCUUGGCUCCUCCGCCGCCGAUUCGCAAUAAACGCGCGGCCCCUCGCGCCGCCGCGUAGACGGUAUUCGUCACGGCGAAAAAAAAAAAAAAACAAAACAAAACCCCGGGAAGAAAAGCUCUGAAAUAUAAGACGGAGAGUAAAAGACGGACGUAUUAAAAGGGCACGAGCAAAGUUCCGCCGAAAAAAAAGAAAAUAGACUUUCCGAAACAAGGGCCGAUUUUUAAACAGCAGCCGCCCGGAUUGUACAUAAUAUAUAACCAGUAAAACCACGUUAACGUUUUAGAAUGUGAGUGUGGCGGAAAAGCUGUGCGAUUUUUAAAAAGCGUGUUUUUUUUCCCACGGAAAAUUAUUUUUCGGUUGGUAAAAAUGUUCGAAUUCUUUUAUACACGCCGUACUUCGAAUAUGAGGAUUAUUCGUCCGGUAAUAUUUUAUUUGAAAAAAUCGUACAGUUUCUUAAAAAAUAAUUAAUCAAAAAAUAAAGCAACAACAAAUGACACCGAUAAUUUGGGUUUAUUCCCGUUGAUAUCUGGAUCUUAACCUAUAUAGGGAAAUAUACGACCUAUGGUAUGUAAUAAACCUACUGCAUAACAAUAUUACCCGCAGUUUACCGAACUCCGCUCAGAAUCUGGUUUUUAUCGCGAUGAUUUGUCGUCACAUUUUUUUUUUUUUUUGUUUACCAUAAAUUUUCGCGCAGGUACACCCGUGCAUCUAUAAACUAGAAACAAAAAUACUGUGUAGCGACACCGCUGGUUUCACGCUUGGUCACAAUAAUAUUUUUGUCCGCCCUGCGUCGUCGCAGAGGCAGUGUGUAAACGGAUAUCGUGUUCGUCUUAACCGGUCAGUGACGUCGUAUUACAGUAAUAACAAUAAUAACGACCGUUUCUCCGUCCGGGCAUGACAUUUUUGCGCAGCGACUCGCCGAAUAUUAUAAUUUAUAACGGUCGUAAUAAUUAUUAUUUAUUUCGAGUAUCGUGUUCGCGAACCCAUAAGUCUCGUACAUGUUAUUACAUUUUUUUUUAAACCAGGAUCGAUGGAUCGCUAUGUAUAUACACGGCCGAAAACAAUAAUAAACGGUUCCUCCCUCCCCGUCCCACCCAACCGUUACCCAUCACCGAGACUAAAAACACAAUUGAAAAUUCCGUUUAACUCUGCUCACCACUAUUGCUGUUGUUUAUGUAUUGCUAUACAUUUUCAAACGGUUGCGUGUGUGUUUUUUGAAAGAUUUUAUUCCGAUGAAAAUUGUUUUUUCUUCGCCCAGAAAAUUUCCAAUAAUCCAAUACGUAUACAUGUUUAGACAAGAGACAUUUACUAUAAUAUAUACUAAAGUAAGUUAAAAAUAUAUAUAUUAAUAUAGAGUAUGCGCAGAAAAAUAAUUAUGUUCUGCUCAACAAUUUACAAUAAAAAAGUACUGGGGGGUCAAAAAAAAUGUAAAUAAUAAACGAGAUAACAGAAAAAAAUCUUUCUGGGAAAUAUAAUUUCUGUCGUAUUGACGAAAACAACAACAAAAAAAGAUCAUCAUAAAAUACUAUCGAUACACACGAAUCAUAUUUCGAGGCUGGAACCACAAUAGUAAUUAUAUUGUUAUUAUUAUAUUGUCGCCAGUUUGGAAUAAUCAGUCUACAGGGUGUUAUUUUUAUCGUAUUGUAUGGACCGGCGAUCAUAAGCACCCACCUAUAAAUCAAUAUCGACUUUUAAUUUUCAAACGGCAACUCUGAAAGUUUUGAUUUAAAUAUUCUGGAUUCGAAAAGAGAAUACUUUUUUUAUUUUUAAAACAAAUUCUGUUAUCGUCACCCGCUUCCAUCUCCCUAGAAUCCAAUAAACGAAACAAAAAACAAAAUUGGACGCGCACGUAUAACAAUCUCGGGGUGUUUCUAUGCGUAUGACGUGUUCCCGGUAUUUUCUCUCCCCCCUCUCUCUCGUUCGUAUAAAUCAGUGCCCGGCUGGUGUAACGUUCAAAAGAACAACCGAGAUAAUCGUCUUACUGCUGGCGUCUAGUAAUAAUAAUAAGGCGUUCACGAUAUUAUAUACAAUUUUUUUUUUUCUGUAUACGCCAUCAAGAAAGCAUUGUGUCGGGUGUUCGCGUAUAGGUAUACAAUGCCGGGCCUUGGGUGGGAGAAUAAUAAAUAUUAUUACUACAUGAGGUCCUCUGCAUCUACGCGAUGAUUCGACAUGAAGGAGCCGCCCGUCUUUCAGCUGCAGCAGUGCGGGAAUAGUACCGUAUUACGGAGAAACGUAAAAUAACAAUUAAAUAACCAAUACGAAACGUAUGCAAGAAACAAAUAAAUAAAAAAAAAACCUUCUACGAAAAAACCGAAAAUACGCAUUUUUUUUUUUACCGAGGCCGUUGAGAGGCUGUUCUUACCAGACUGCAUACUAAUCGCAUACGUACGUCCGGCUCCGUAUGUCUACUACCUUCCGAAAAUCCAAAUUCUCGUGUUCCGAUUCCCAGUGUUCUGCGAAAUCCUUACAUUAACGCAUACUCCUUAGCUACUCCUUUAGAAAAAAUGAAAAUAGUGUUAAAAUAAAGUUUUAACGGUUCAAUAACGAUUUAACUUCCCUCCUCCCACUUAACCCGUGCCGUUAGUUCAAGAAAAAACGUAUUUAGCCUCUCAUCCCCUCCCUCAAUACAAAGUCCUGGCUACGUCACAGCGGCUCUACUACUCUGCGGUUUUCUACGGUCUAUUAUAUACUUGUUCACCGAGAGUGUAUACAGUACUGUUGUAGUCAUUCCGUCGCGACAGUCCGAUUAUUUCGUCGCUCCGGGGUUUUCGAAAAUAUAAUAUAAUAGCCGAAUACGUAUAAUACGCAAGAAAAGAAAUCGAUUACACCAAAUCGACAGGGCGUACUUCCUGCACUGUAUGUUGGUAUAACGUUAGAUCGGGAUCACCGGGAAACGGGUAAAAUCCGAAGCGACGGGGCCGAAAUGUCGUACGAUCGUUAUUAAUCGUUUGUCCGUGUAUUACGCUUUAAAUGUCGCCGUGCACGUUAUCAUCCGUAGUCGACAACGUAAAUACAACCCCGUAGUAAAUUAUUUCUCGGUCCCCCGAAGAGUCAUGAAAUCACUCGACCCGCGCCGUUUUUCUCGCAUAUUAUUUCCCGUACGCGCGCGGUAACGCGGCACGUACGUUUGUUCCGUUUCCAAUCCAACGCAACGUCGUAAAAUACCUCCCAUACGGUAUUACGUAACGAACCGCGCGUGAUUCCGAGACCUGGGUGUGUCGCCGCCGCGUCCCGGAGUCGUCGCCGUCGUCGUCGCGGCCGCCGUACGAGAGGCUGUUUACCCGUUUCGGGUCACGCCGCGCCGGUGUUCGGCCCGCGGGCGACGACACGCCAGCGAUAUCAUUAAAGGCGUACGCGUCGUGUUCAUUCCGGACGGAGAUACGGCCGCGUGCUGAUAUCGCCGCAUAGCGACGACCGUAAUUCUACAUCGCGUUAUAAUAUUCUCUCUCGCGCGCGCCGCGCUCGUAUGUCUGCGCAACAACAAUACGCGGUUCCUGUGCGCACCGGAGGUAUACGCGGGCGCGAUAACGGCGUGCGGCGGUGCGUCCUUAUUUUCCUCUCCCGGCGACGGCCGGAGCUGUGAAUUCGGGAGGGAAAAAAAAAAAAACAACCGAACCUCGAAGACGAGAAUAAUAACAAUAACGAUAAUGCGUACACCUUAUAAACCCGAACACCUGUACUGCCGCACUACCUGUAUACCUGCGUGUACGUGUACGUAUGUACACAUCAUCGCGCGUACCUACAAAUAUUUAUUGUUAACGAGGAAUGCGCGCUCGGCGACUCCUCCGCCGCCGCUCAUCCGAUCCGGUCCCCCCUCAGCACGGCUCCGAACCACGGCCGCCGCCGCGGAAGAUUCCGUGACCAGGCGCGAGGGACACAACACGACCCGAGUCACGUCGCGGGGCAUUUACGACGGCGACGAUACCCGCGGCGCGGCGUCACCCGACCGUUACGCCUCUACCCUCCCGCCGAGAACUUUUUUUACUCAUCCCUCCCCCCCUCCAUCCCGUCGGACAUACGUUCUUUUUCGUGUUAUAUACGAUCGUAAUAUUAUCGUAAUGUACGAUAACGUAGAGUACACUGCUGCGAUAAUAUAUUUUUGAAAAUAAACGCGAAUACGACGAAAAACAAAGACUUGUAUUGUAGUAAGUCGGCGGCGUAAGUCUGCAGUGCUGCGCCGAAAUACAAAAAGUUCGCUGUGGCGGUCAUACAAUUUUUUAGAAACUCCAAAAAUCAUAAACGAUAUUAUAUAUUGUCAAACAACUUUAUUAACAUUAAAAUAUAUAAAUUUAACGUCACAAAUGUACAAUAAUGAAAAAAAACAAAUCCCUAUAAUGUGGCAUGUUUCACAUUCGAUAUUUUGAACUUUGUAAAACGAGUUAUUGCUAAAAAGAAAUAAAUGUCUGGCUUCUAGACCUCAUUUGGGAGAGGGGAGUGAUGCAUAAUUCCACUUCAAUACGUCACUGUAGUAAAUAUUUUGCUCGAAAUUUCACUAGGCAUAUUGUUAUCAAUAUAAAAUCCGAAAUAUGUCGCAAGUUAUAUGUACGGUGAAAAUUUCAAGUAUCUAAACGAAAAACAAACUCGAUUUCGACUGUGAAAACCGGCUGCGCCGCGUAAAUAUCUCCGUUUCCCCCCUCCCACCGAGGAAUUAUUUAAGAAAAAUGCAAUUAAUAUCAAAACAACAACAACCAAAAAAAAUAGGCAAUCUCUCUAGUACGACGGCUCAUCUACCCACCUACCUACCCACUUUAUUUAUUUAGAGCGCGUUAAAAUUUAUUACGAAAUUAAUAAAUCUCAAUUAUAAUAAUAGGUAUAACGUAUUACGGCUAGACAAUAAUAUUUCAUGAACUACACGCGCGGGGAUAAAACGCUCUUAUUAAAUUUUAUAUGUGUGCAAAUUGUUCAUCCCACCGACCUUUUUACGUACCUAUACAUAAUUUAAACCUUAUAAUAUAACAUAUAUAUAUAUAUAUACAUGAUAUCCUCUUUGGGGUUGCGGUAUAAAACGUAUAUUCCGACCUAACGUGGUAAAUAAUUGUUCGCCGUUAAUACACUCUAUAAAAAGACAGUGCAAAACUCCAUUGCAUACUAUAUAUACUUAUAUAAUUUAUAUUUUCUGUACCUCACCACCAGCAGUGAACUUUGUUUCCCCGAGCACAGACUAUGUCGUCUGGUAUAAUACGCGAAAAUAUUCACGCGUGCUUAUAGAUAGGCUAAUUUCUGCAUUUAUCAAACGGCGCGACUCGUCAUUUGCGCACAGAGAAAAAAAAACUAUUGAAUAUUCCUGAACGACAAACAAACGUGUGUCCCCAUAAUAUGGGAUAUUUAAUCUACGAUGAUAUUUGAAACCGCCGAUUAAGUUAAACUAAUAAAACGUUGUAUAAAAAUGUACAUAUACCUUCUAUGCGAUACAAGUUCAUCAUUAGGGAGAAAUUUUAAUUAUAAGUGAUUAUUUUUCAAUUUCAAAAAAUUCGUUCUUUCAAAUCGUUACAGUUUAUUAUUUCAUGUUUAUUUUACAUUUACGGCAAUGGAUUAUACAGACGUGGCGACUUUUGUUAUAUUUGUGCCACUAACACCUACUUCCUUUCUAUCGAAAAUAUCUGAGAACGAAACAGUCGGCUACAAAACAUCCUAUAGAUUUUUCCUGAGUUAUCCUUGAUUCGUUAAAAAGCGGUUUUGAGAUAAAUUUAACCUAGAUGGGUUAACUGAUCAUGAAAAUGAAAUUUAUAAUCGUUUUUACGCGGUCUUUCCGUCUUAUAGACGGAUAUUUAUUGCCAGUGGCUUUUUCCCAGUCGGGCCCUUUCCGUUAAUAAUUAAGCCGUUCUAAUCGCAGAACCGCAUUUACGGCAAGCUCCGUCUGUCCAUUUUGAUAAUAUUUUUUUAAAAAUAAUAAUAAUAUAUUACAAAGAGACGGUCACCACGUCGUAAUCUUUGUUCGUUAUUAUUAUUGUGCGUUUUAUUCCUCUGGCUACCUAAAUUAAUACGACGUGGAAUAAUAAUAUCCGUCGUCAUCGAGCAUUAUAAUAUUAUCCGUCCAUAAACAAUAAUAAUAAUAACACCACGGUCAAUGAUCCGACGACGAUGAAUAUUACUCCGGCACCGGCAGCGCCGCUUAGCUGCGACCGUCGCGGUUUGUGUAAAUAUUAUUAUUAUUUUAUCUGGAAGACUACGUGACACGUCGGAGCCAACGGUUGGUUAUCGGCUGGCUCGCAGAACGUUUUCGGUUAAAACUCGACCGGGCGACGGGGUAUUUUUCUUCUUUUUUACAGACCGCAAAUAAAUAUAGAAAAAAAAAAAACACGCAAACUUAUUCAGUGGAAACGGAGAUAAAAAGAAAAAAAAAAGAGUAGGUAGCUCAGACGAUAUUAUAUAAUAUUAUAGUGCGCGUAUAUACAAUCGGGACGGUCACGUAUUUUUUUUUUUUUUUAUUUCAUUUUUUUUUCCCGUCGUCGUCGACUCCGAUGUUGUAAUGCUAUUAUAAUAAUAAUAUACAUCUAAGUAAUAAUAUUGCAUGUUUAACCAGCCCACCAGCUGCUGCUGAUGUUGUUAGUUGGUAGCAAAAUGACGUAGGAUUUCGAUAUUGUUUUACGGAAAAAGUGAAAAAAUAAAAAUAAAAUAUAUCACCGGUCACGCGUUCGAAAAAUUAGCUGACCGCGCGGAAUUUCACCGACGCCACGUGAGAUUAGAUUAUUAUUGUAUUAUAUAGAGCUGUCUGUGUAAAUAUAGUGGCGACGAUAUUCUCGCGUGCUUUCAACCGAUCAGGACAAUAUAGGAAGACGGAAUUUAACGCCUGCAAAGUAUGAGACUUGCCCAGAUUUGGGGGGGGGGAGGUGCCCGAGACUUACGAGAAACAAGGGCCCAAAAAGACCAUAUUUGAGUCGAACCAAAUAUUUGAGAACCUUUUUUGUUUUUUGCUUAUUUGUUUGAAAUUUUACGUAUAUUUCGUGUCUGAUUCUGAAUCGUUAGCAACGUCAGAAAACAUAUUUAUACACAAUAAAAAAAAAAAAAAAAAAAUGAUGUAAAAAAUAUUAUUGAUUAUUAUAGAAUCGGUCAAGAGAAAUGCCAUAUCGAUUACUAAUUCACCACUGAGGGAAAUACUUCGCGUCGAUUAGGUCACAGUGAUCGUAACGUUCGUAUUUUGACAUUGUGAAUACGAUAAGUGGUGACCAUUUAAUUGUUAUCAGUCGCGAUUUUCGGGCAGCCGGAUUUAUUCCGACCCGUCGGUCGCAAUGAAAACAAUCGAAUUUCUCUUGUACGUUAUCAUAAUGUGUACGGUGACGCGAUUUAUCGUUGUUUUUGCCGAUCUCGCCGGGAGGAGCGAAUAGUCAAGUAAAGGGGAACGACGAUUUCUGCGCCUCGAGCGAGAAGAAGGGGGUGGCGGGAAGGGCGGCCCGGUCCCCGUCCCUCCGGACUUCGCAAGCCACCCGCCGAAACCGUACGGAAAACGGUAUUGGUACGCAGAACACGACGACCGCCGCCGCCGCCGCGGGCGGGUGCCAAAUUGUUGUCGCGACAGACCGGGAAUGUACAAUAGUGUUUUGUGCGCGCGCGCGUGUCUAUAUGCGUACGCGUUAUCCGUAGUUAUUUCGCGCGGAAGGGCCGACAAAGUCGCCCGGCCGUAUUUGACGUGCGACGUGGAUAUUUAUUUACAAAUAACGCGCGGUACGACAAUAACAUUAACAUGUCGCUCGCGCGCGGGCCACGGGAAACGUUCGAUGGCAAUGACACGUUCGUCCGGCCAAGUUCAAGGGCGUUCUUCGGUCGAUCGGUCGGUCCGUCUCUCUCUCUCCGUCUCUCUCCGUCUCUCUCCUCCACGGUUUCGGCUCUCCAGCCGGACUGUCUCUCGCCGGAGAGCACGCCGACAUUAUUUUCAUACCACUAAUGAUACGCCCGCCCACGUAUAAUACCUGUGCGGCCGUACUCGUAUUUCCAGUGCGUUUAUGUACGGAUAGCACGGUAAUUACGCAAUCGCCUCACGGUCGGGUUCGUCGUUGCAAUGUAACAUUGCGUUUCUGUCAUCACGAUAACACAAUCGCCGAGAACGCCGCACGGAACGCGACUUGUAAUUGUUAUAAUUAUGGUUUUUUUUUUUCGCUAAGCACGCGUGCGUUUAAAAUAUUAACGCGAUCCGUUCGCGAGACGGCGGCAUGCCCGAAAAAAACCGGAGAAACGUUUUCGAAAAAACGUAUCGGUCGUUAUUAUUCGGCGUAUUGCGUUGGCCGCUGUGCGGUCGCAGUUUGGGUGGAAAGUGCCGGCGAGAAAUUCUGCAGAAAAAUGCAAAAACGCGGUGUAAAAAUCUGUGUGAUUUAUUGAUUCAUGCUUCCGAGUGUAAUUUUAAGUUCGAGAUUUCGAACGAUUUUAUACUGACCGAAAUAGUAUUUUUCGAGAGAUAAAAACAUUUUUAACGCCUCGGUAAAUCAUGCAGCUUCUUCGGUACACUCAGAAUCACUGCGUGACAUUUAAACAAUACAAGCUAUGAAAAUAAAAUAAUAAAAUAUACAAAUAUCGUUCAAUUGUUAUUAAAUAUUUCGAUAUGCUGAAAUCGGCACAAAUUAGCAGUUUUUUUUUUUUCUGUAGACGUUUUAUUAAUAAAACAACACAUCAAAAGUGAUGUACGAAAAAAUAAAAUACAUUAAGGGCGAGAGGGGUAUAGUAACAUUCUAACAUCGUCUACUGACAUUCGUCUGUAGUUUUUUCCUGUACCUUUCUGUAAGUAUUAUACAAGAUGUAUAUGAUACUAUAUGUGUUUUCCUAUAUAUGUUUCGAAAUAUUCGAAAUUCCAAAGAAUAAACUAAAAAAAUAAAUAAAAUCCAUUACGAAUAAGGGAGAAAAAUAUAAAAAAAGCAUCACAAGCUGCACAGAUGGGUUUCGAUACCGUGACAGGAUACUGUAAUAUUCGUGAGCUCGCGUUUGUUUCACGUGUAUUAUUCGCGUGGCAAUAGGGAGAAAAAGCGAGUAGUAAUUUUGUAAAUUUUUUUUUUUUUUCUAUCAAUAAUAUGGUACGACAUUGUCAAACGGUUUUUUUUUCCUACACCAAUUAUUCGCUAUUAGGUGCACUCGCUUCUGCGUUAUUAACCGAGGCGUUUCGAAAGUAAAGUUAUUCGCGGAAUUCUGUAUAGUAACGCGAAUAAUAAUAUUAUUAUCGUCGGUAGGUAUAAUAUAAUGUAUAGGUAAUGUAGGUACGUGUAUGACGCCAGUAUGACGAAAUACAUCUAGGUUCAAUUUUUUUCUAUUUAUUUUUUUUUUCCAAUAGGUAUAAUUAAUAUAAUUGAAACGUAUUUUUUUUUUUUAUACAUACAUAUACUAUUUUUUCGCGUUAAACUACGCGCCUCGUGAUCGGAUUUUAAUAAUAUAGAUGACCGAUCACUAUAAUUAUUAAUAAUAAUCGACAACCGCACUAAAAACGUUAUUGCAAAUUAAUGUAUACAUAGCAGUAUUAUAGGUGGAUACUUAUGUUAAAAAUAUGUUUACAAAACGUCGUCGUAAGCGACCAAUCGCAAUAAUACUAUCCCGAAUAAAUAGAUAAAAACAUUACGCGUUUACGGAUCAUACGGGUUCAGAGUGUAGCUAAAAGAAGCCGCUAUAGUUUCACUAACAUUUAAAAUGUUUUUUUUUCUUUUUUUUUUUUUUCGAUAGUACUUUUGCGGUUCUUAAAAAUGUGACAAAUCGUUCGCAUGUCAUACCUUAAAUGACGAGGAAUAUCUGUCCGGCGGUAUUUUAUAUGAAACAUUUGUUUAUAAUUUCCCGACAGUUUUCUUUUACGCGUACAUUAAAAUAUGUGGAUUUUUCGCCCGAUGAAACUUUAUUUUAAGAUAAUUUCUAGAUUUCCUACGAUCGACAACAAAAUAUGUCGAUACAUAGAUUUUAUUUUUGUUGACAGUUUAAUAUUAAUCCGAUCAGAAUCGAUUGCAAAAAGGUAUACUAAGGCUCAUAACAUUAAAACAAAGAUUCUGGGGAUUUGUUCCAAUCACGCUCCUCCACAACUAUACGCCAUGACGACGCUUCUAAUGAAUGGCUUGCAGUAAUGUCAAUGUUUUUCUAUCGUAAGUCUUCCUUUCCAUUUCCUGGUAUGAGUUACACUCCUGAUCUUUCGUUAUCCGACCGAUGUAUCCGCAUUACGACCGUGAUCUACCGCUAUGGUUUUUUAUUUCUAAUAUUUCUUGCAAGACUAUUCCUAGCAACCCUCCGUGUCUUACAAUAUAACUAUGCCGCCGCGUUAUGACAUUUGUUCACAAUCGUCUUAUUUCUGAAACCCUUUCCGAAACUUUUUCGUCAGUGACCCUAUCGCAGUCUACAUAAUCUUUCACGUAACUAAGGCGGAAAAAAAACUGGAUCUAGUGCACUUUUCGAUGACCAGAAAUCGAAGCGAAUGAUAUGUUUAUAGCGACUAGUGACAACAAUAUUAUAAUACUAUAGUGGCGGUGUUGUCAAAGAUUAAUAUCUAGUUUUAUUUUAUUUUUUUUUUCUAACAGUUAACCGGUUUCUUAUUUUGCACCAUGUGCUCGCAUAAUAGUUUUUACGUAGUGAUACACGAGCAUUCGCGAGUGUGUAACGAUUUUAUAAUAUUACUAUAAUGUGACGUAUACGUUUAUAAAUAAUAAUAUUUGCCUUUCACUAAUCAAUUUUGCAUAUAUUGUCAUUAUUAUUACACGUAACAGAUAUUAUUACGGUCGUUAUCGCGCGUAUAAUAUCAAGGAUUAAUAUCACGCGAUUGCUAUAUAAAAUUACAAUAUUAUAAUAUCAAUAUGUUUAUUAUAUGUUUAUAUAUAAUAUAUAUAUUACAACACAAAAGACGUUCGUCGCACACAAUAUAUGGGGCACACGUCACCCAUAAAAUAACGUUCGUCUAGGUCGAAGAAGUCACAACACUACAGAUUGUUUGAGGGGUCGCGUAUAGGCAAUUUCAACGGAAUUUUCGCAAAAUUAAACAAAAAAACUAAAAUAUUCAAUAGUCAAUUUUCGUAUUGAAUUUUAAAUUAUAGUCCUUGUAGUGUGUGAUAGGUGCCCUCCUCUACAGGAGAGCACCUAUCGCCUUGUCGUGAAAUUAUACUUCAAAGACGUAUUCGUUUUGCACAUUAUGACCUAUUAAUUGAGACGUAUAACGUCUUUAUAUCAUUAGAAAAUAUCGUAUUCAAGGCAGAGAUAAGGGAAAUAUAUUUUCUCCCUUGAUUUAUUUAUUUUUAUUAUCUGCCUACUUUUUAGAUUUAAAUUUCUUUACUUUUUAAUCAGAAAAAUUAAAAAUGUAUUGAAAGUAUUGGCCUAGUUAGGUGCCAAGUCAAUUUAUCAAAAGACCCGAGCGUAAAAGUACAUUUUCUUCUUUAAAAAUGAAACCUAUAUCCGUAUUAUUAUAAUACGAUGACGGUUAUAUUAGUACCUAAAUAAUAUAUAAACUAAUGAUACAGUUUGAUACAACAAUAAGACACAAUUUCCAAAUUCAAUAUUUCUCUCCUUGGUAAAACUCUGAAUACUGUAAAUACUCACAAUAAUUGAUAUUAAAUUUACUCGAAUGAGACUAUAAAUCUAAUUGAAGAGUGGCUUUUUAACUACUGAAAAAAUUCACAUAUUUUUUUUUAAAAAUCAACAUUUAAUUAACGAGUAUAUUAUGCAGUUCUCAUAAUAGAUAAAGUCUCAUGAAGUCUUUAGUUUCCUUCAUAAGCCGUUUUACGCUAAAUCAUGCUCAUUUCAAGAUAAAACGAUUUUUCGACACGAUUCUAUACAUAUUUUAUAAUGUUUUCAAAAAUGAUCUCACGCUUAUUUUUACCAUUAUUCUUAUUAUUAAUUCGGUUUUUUUUUUUUUUUUUACAGAAUAUUUUUCCAACUGCUGAAAAAAAAACAGUGCCAAACAGUUGUUGCUGA